GCCUGCAUCAUUGUGCUCUAGCUCUGGCCCUACCGAGACAUUGUUCUCCUUCUUGUUCCCGUGCCUGCAGCUGAACCCUUCCUUUUCCUCCUCCUCCUCCUCCUUACUCGAAAGCAACCUUUAUCUCGGGUCUCAUCGUGACAGGCAGUCUGGUACUGCAUAAUACAAAGACCAUUCAUCAUCAACAACUUGCGAACGACUGACGACUCUGAACUCAACUCAACCGACCAGCCAACCAUAUACCCAGCUUUCACACCCCCACGCCCAAAGUUUCCCAACAUCGCAAUGCAUCACGCGACCACCAACAACAACACCACCGCCCCGCGCCGGCCGGCGCCGACCAUGGCCAGCACAGCGAACAGCACCGUCCUCCUCAGCAGCAAGAACCGCAGACUCGGCCUGGCCGCGGGCCUCGCGACGACUGCCGCCGCCGCCGCCGUCCUCGCAGUCCGGUACAAGCAGGCGGCCAUGUCGCGCAACGAGCUCGCCCAGAAGAGCUCGGGUUCCGGCAGCUUCUACGUCAGCGUCGACCGGAGCGGCGGGGGCAUUUGAAAAUUUAUUGAGGACGAGGACGAGGACGAGGAAUCCGGGAAAUGUGGAAUGACUUUGGGGGAGGCGUAAGGAAUGAAUGCGACA